AUGUUGCUGAGCUUAAAACUCGAGAGCUACUGGUGUACCUGUUCCGAAAGACAAAUUGAAAACAGUCUAUCCUCAAAACUCUCGGAACAGGCAGUGCGGAUGUCGGGCGGAGGCGGCGGCGCGGGGCUGAUGUCGUGCGUGCGCGAAGGCUCCCUCGAGCCGCCCUACCGACCGCCGCACGCCGAGACCAAUAAUCAUGGCGAAGGGCGCACCGGACGGUUCCUGCGCGGCUUGCGGCGCAUGUUCAAGCGACGCCCGCGUACGGACAGCUCGCCCGACCCCAAGAGCAGCUCCACCAGCGAGCUACUGGACGCUGAGCGUCACACGAGGAGAAAAGAGGGCGCGUACGGCAGCGGCCUGUCCGUGUCGCACGACUCGGUGUUCACGGGCGAGCGCUCGGGCGACGAGUCGAGCGACGAGCGGCCCACACCCGCGCACGGACGUGCGCACGUCGCCUCUUCACACCGGGCGGAGCUAGUAGCGGCGGUGCGGCGGCGCGGCCGAGGUGACAGCGAUGACGAUGAAGACCUCGGUCUACCCCAGAGUCCACCGGCUUCUCCACCCACUGACAAGGCUGAAAAGCGUCACCAUGCUGGCAUAUCCCAGUCCUCUUGCAGUGAUGGCUCCCUCCUCAGCGUGGGCUCUUCUGAGAUGGACGAGGACAGCAGUAGUGGUCACCAACACGACCACUCCAGGAGUGACCAUUCCGACCUUUACAGAAACAAAAAGUUUAAAUUUUUUUAUUUCGAUAUUCCAGAUUCCUCCGAGCCGCCCCCGGGCGUGGCGCCUCUGUCGCACUCGGCCGCGCGCCACAAGAUGGCGGUGCGACCGCGGCGCACGCACGGCGCCCCUCGCCGGAAGAAAGCUAACUCUAUUGCCGCAUCAGCCUUGCCAAUAACACCUGAGCUGAACGAAGAAAUGUUACGAAGCACAACUCCUGAAGUAAGCCAUAAAGUCUCAGAAGUCGUUACUGAAUCAUUCUCUUCAUCGACAACUACGAAGCAUCAUAUGAUCGUCAAAGAGCAGCAGCACCAAUUGAACCGGGAGCUACAGAAGGUUCUCGAAACUCCGAGCGAUACAAAGUUGAAAUCUUCAUCGCUGCCUCCUGGACUAGCGUUGAGUCAAUUGGUCGGUCAAACGCCGGCUAGGCUUAGUGUCGUGGAUGGAGGCUCCUCGGUCAAGCGCAGCAAGUCUAGCUCUCAGGACCAACCUCUACGGGAGUCCUCUCCACAACUUUUGCCUGACGUUUCGACCCACAGAGACGAGAGAGCUUCCAAAUAUCGCGCGGAAAAGAAACACGCCGACGAGUCUUGCCUCGAGAAGAAAUCUAAGUCGGAGAAGAAAAUCGAGAACGAAGUCAUAAGAUCUUCGAAGAAAGAGGAGUCGUUUUUCAGUAGACUGCUUUUGAGAAAGAGCGGUAAGAAAUCGAAGAAAGAUCAGACGGAUGGGGAGACCCAGCAGGAGGUCAAGAAAACGAAAACUGACAAAUCUUCAUCUCAGUAUAAAGCUGUCGAUUCGGAGCGAAGCGGAUACUAUUACGCAGAACAGGGCCAGAGUUACAAGCCCACGCCCUCGGAGAGGCCCUACAAAUCUGCCGGUCAGAAAGUCUUCGCUAAUCAAAUGCACAAGAGAAUCGAUAACAGAGGUGCUUACGUUCACGACGGAGCGUAUAAAGACGUUUAUAGCGCGGCGAAAGUUGCCGGCGUCGAAUACAACAUAACUGAUCUUAGAGCCGCGGAAGAAACUGACAAAAUGUUGAAUUUAGAAAUAAAAAAUCGAUUCAGUCGACGCGAGGAAUUCAACGAGAGAGUUGAAAGAACUAAGCGGCCGUCGUCUAAGGAAGCCAUCGAAGAAAAUAAGAGGGAAUCAUUUAGCUUGCACCAUGAUAAGUCCAAAAGGCCGGCGUCUGUGCAAAGAUUGAUCGAUCCAUACUCUUCUAAAGCAUUUAUACUUAAUGAAAUGGCGCAGAGAGCACGCGAAGAGAGUCCCACGCCUAGCUUUGAACCAGUUUCUGACGAUGAACCUCCACCGCGAGGAAUGAGAAUCAAAAGCGUCAACAAUGAUUUCGUUUUCCAUAGUGGAAGUAUGCCGAAAAAUAUACCCUAUUACAACCCAGGCGUUUCAUCCUCAUCUACCAAAAAUAUAACUCAUAGCUCUGAAAACGUAAAGUAUAUGAGCCGAUCAUCAGAGGCAUCUGACUUUCGAGAGAAAGAAAUCGUAUCCAAACGUGAGACAUUUCACCACAUAGGCAAAACAGAUGAGUCUUAUGUCACAUCCGGUUUGAGAUCUCUCGGAGACGAAUACGUAGAAACGAGGAGCAGCAUUGGAAAAUCACACAGUUUCCGCUACGCUUCUGAAUCCCCUUCUAUAAGCUCACAAGAGAAUCAAAUGCCCAGUCUGCCGGCGAUCGUUGGUAUAUCUGAGCCUUUGCUUGAAAGCUGGGAAGUAAAUUACAGGAGGAACGUUAGUGAGAGACAUGAUUAUUCUAAGAGGGUAUCGGCCAGAAACUACGGCGUACUUCACGGGAAUUCCGAGGUCAACUAUGAUAGUUUGCCGAGUACUGACAGCAGUUACCUUGACAGCCUUAAACCUGACAUAAACGAAGACAGGAAACUUUUUACAAACAGUAUUCACAUCUCGAUGGACGCUCACAAGCGCGACAGUGACAUUUCACAGAUCGAAGCUAAAAUCGACGAUAUUAUAAGUUCUCCUAAACCUAUUAUUUCUCCAAUACUUAAAUCCAAUUCUUUUGACAGCAUUAAGAGCAGCCCAGAAAAGCCUAUGGACGACAGAAGAAAAACCAUUUCGGUUGAAAGUGCUUUAGGUCAAACUAAUAAGAGUAAUAAUCAUAAAGAACUAAAAUUAGAUACCGAAGCAUUUAUAUCAGUGACUCAUAUUAAUAGAGAGGUCACGCCCGUUCCAGUUAAAACGCCAGAACCGACAAAAUUAAGUAAAAGUGAUGAAAAAAUUCAAAAAUCGGGAUCAACUAAACCUGCUGUGCCAGAAUUUCUUCAUAUACAAUUGAACAAAGUAAAUACUAAACCUGUAACAAAUGUAGUUUUGACUGCCAACAUAACGCCCAAAAAACUGGAUAGCCCACAAGCUGAUAAAGAAGAAAACGUUGAAAGCUUUUUCAUCGUAGAAACUAAACCUAUACAAGACGUACCCGUCAGAAAAGACUCUUUUAGGAGGAGCGAAAGCGUAGAAAGUACUCAACUAGAAGGAAAAUCUACAGGUUCCAAAAGUUCUAGCAGUAACGCGGAUAAUGUGACGCCGCAGAGUCCGUUGACCCCAAAACAUUUCCUUAAAAAGAAAGCGGCCAGUGUUGAAGCGCCGGAACGAUUUGAGAAACCACGAACAAGUUCAUUGAGCACGGAGGGAAGCACCGAAAAAAUUGACGAUAACAUAUCAUUAGGACGAAAAUCACAUUCGAGUUUCGGAAGCAAGAGUUCAAUCCAAAGUACCGAUAGCAACGAAAAUAAAAUACCGGACAGGCACGAAGAAACUGUUAUAUACAGGAGGAAACAUCUGGGCAGGGAAUCUCGAGGCGACAGGAAGAAUGAUGACGAACCGGAGUUGAUGAAAGUAUUCGCCAGACGAUCGCUAAAACUGAAGGACUCUGAAGCCGAUCACAUCGCUCAGGAAAUCGCCGAAGCUACCAGAAACGAUGACAAUGCGGCCGCUCGGACAAAGGUACUCAAAAAUGAAUUCAACGCAUCUAUUAAAUCAAGAGACAGCGACAAAGAGAACGAAGACAAUAAAGAACAAACUGCAGAGAAUAAGUUAGUGGACAUCGCGGCGCGCGUCAGUCAGUUUGGUAACUAUCAGAGAAGCGUCAGCAUCAACAGCGUAAGCGCCAAAAGAGAAAGCGCGCCGGUUUACAGAAGCGAAGUGAGUAAAUACAAAAAGGAAGUCUCAGAUUCGACGCCAGAGAAGAGAUUGAGGAACAGAACGUUCCCCGACUCUUCAAACGAUCGAGACAACAUCAAAAGCAUCACUAAAAGCGAAGCAAUGGCUUACAAAGCUGAUACUCUCACUAAACGGCCCUGGCAGAGAAAGGACGAGUUUAGACAGUCGAUUGAAAAGGAAAAGAGAGAAAGUUCUGUGAUAGAGAGAGAUGCAGAUGAGGAGAAAGUGGAGAGUGGGAAAGAGAAGAAAGAUGAAGGAGAGGCGGACGCGUCUCCACAGUUUAAAGGGAUUUUGCAAAUGAGAGCAGAAUGGGAGAGGCGAGCUAAACAGGGCAUGACCAAAUAAAUAAUGGUGCUAAGAUUAAAGUAACGUAGUUCUUCGUAAGUUGAGUUUUAUAUAUUAAAAAUAUAUUUUUUAUUGUAAGACAAAUUCCGUUUUAGAUGAUUGACAUCGAGAUGUAACUUCGACGCAAAGCUACGAUUGUUGACGCAGGAUUGUGAUGUAUUCAUUUUAUAAUAAAAAAAUUAUAUUCCGAUGUUUGUUAGGAAAGAAAUUAAUAGAUAAUUAAUUAUACGAUAGAAUUAGCGGAUAGCCAAAAAUAUGUUUUUUAAAGAUUGCAUUUAACGCAGUUUUUUAACGUUGUAUCAACUAGUAACAUAGGAACACUUACAAUGUAUUUUGAACAAGCAGGUUACGUAAAUUAUAAUAUAACUUUCGUUCUAUUAAAUAUUAAAAACGAAAAAGUAUUUUCUCUUUACUAUUAUGAAAAAAAAAAACUCAUCUAAGUAUUUAUAUUAUAAAUAAUUAGACAAGAUUUACAAGUACAUUAAAUAUUGACACGUAAUUUAAAUUUCAAUAACAUAUUGUUAUGAUUCAUUUUUUACAUAAAUGUAUAAUGAAUUGUGUAAAUGCAUAUAUUUUCAUAUAUAACAAGUUAAUCGCUGUACACAUACGCGUUAUUAUAACUAAUUAGGUAGACCUUCAAAAUCCGAUUAACGUUAUAAUGUAAAAGUUUUAGUACAUUAUCCGACGUUUCAUUGUUAAGACGGUGUAUUUUCGAGUGGUAUUGCAAUGGUGUAGCGUAUAGUUAUGUUUUAUUAAAAACUACAUUAUGUAUUAAACAUUUCUGAACUGUGAAAUACAAAUUUUAUUCCUAUAGUU